AUGCUGCUGCCGUCGUGGUCCUGGACUAUAUUACUCCCUCUUCUGCCCGUCGCACAUUCCUCUUUCUACGACAAUCCGGAGCUCGAGAUUCCGCCCGAGUCUGGCAGUCCGCUGGAUGAAUUGAAAGCUAAAUGGGACUUCGAUUGGGGAUUCUCAGGAAUAUCAACAUUCGCCCACCUCAGACACGUCAAAUGUCUGACCACCCCGUACGAGCCGUUUGAUAUCGGCAUCAUUGGUGCCCCCUAUGACACGGCGGUCAGUUAUCGACCCGGAGCUCGUUUCGGCCCUCGUGCCAUCCGUGCCGCCUCUGCGCGCCAGACCUCGUUCCGGGGCUUCAACCACCGCGCACACAUCAAUCCCUACACGUCCUGGCCGUUGGUGCUCGACUGUGGAGACAUCCCCAUCACGCCCUUCGACAACGCGUUGGCGCUGCAUCAGAUGUCAUCCGCCUAUCUCGAGCUCCUUUCCCGCCGGCCGUUGAGCUACAAGAACCCGGAGAGCCAUGAGCACCCCAAGCUGAUCACACUGGGCGGAGAUCACUCGGUCGCCCUCCCCGCGCUGCGAGCGCUGGAGAAGAUCUACAAGCAGCCCAUCGCGGUGCUGCACUUCGACGCACACCUCGACACCUGGCACCCGGGCGCCUACCCGAGCGCGUGGGCCGAGACGCCCACUCAGGCCGACUUCACGCACGGGACCAUGUUCUGGAUCGCGUCGCAAGAGGGCCUGAUCAACAACGGGUCGUCGGUGCACGCGGGGUUGCGCACGCGGCUGCUGGGCGAUGACUUCCACGAUUACGCCGACGACGAGCGCCAGGGGUUCCUGCGCAUCGAAUCGGACGACAUCGACAGCGUCGGCGUCAAGGGCAUCAUCGACCUGAUCAUGGAGCGCAUGGGCACUUCCAUGCCCGUCUACCUGUCCGUGGACAUCGACGUGAUCGACCCGGGCCUCGCCCCCGGGACCGGCACCCCGGAGCCCGGCGGCUGGACGACCCGCGAGCUCAUCCAGAUCCUGCGCGGCGUUGAGGGCCUGAACCUGGUAGGCGCCGACGUGGUCGAGGUGAGCCCCGCGUACGAGGCGGGCCACGGCGAGGCCACGGCCCUGGCCGGGGCGCAGGUCGCGUACGAGAUCCUGACCAGCAUGGUGAAGCGCGGCCUGAAGGACCGGGGCGAGGAGGUCGUCAUCGAGAAGCCCGGCCGGAAGAUCGGGCCCAAGAAGGGAGCCGUCGUGCCUCCUGCCGACAAGGCCCAGGAGGUUUUGAGAGAUGAGUUGUAG